CAAAAGCAAAUCAACAGUAAAAGACCAGCUACAAAGCAAUCAACAACCAAAUACAUCUCAAAACGAAACCUUCUCUUUCUAAUCCAAGCAACUGUUUACAUUCUUAACCCUCAAAAACCUUCUACUUCAAUCUUCACAUUCAUUCCAUCAAUGGACGAAUUCGAGCAAUCUCCAAAGGAAUACUACCCAAACCAGCAAAACAACACAGCAAGACUCUCGUCAAUGUCAUCCUCCUCAACAACAAGCGUCCACGUCACCGCGUUAGACGGACUAGUUAACGUCAACUCCCUCUUCACCAUCGCCGUUUUCGUCGGUCUUUCCCUAACAACCCCCGGCCAACGGAGUCUCGAGAAUCGAACCUCUUGCGACGCCGGCAUCGAUGUCGCUAAGAAGCUUCUAGUCUUCGAGGUGGUGUCGUUCAGUUUCUUCCUUUCAUCAUCUCUGGUAGCUCAGGGGCUUAAACUGGCAUUGAAUCUUUUGAAUAGUAAGGAUGUGGAUGAGGCUUUUAGGGCGCAUAUUAAUUUGAAGGUGCUGAGAUGGGGGAUGUUGGGGUCUGCGUUGGGAUCGGUUAUGGGGUGUUUGUUUCUGAUGCUUUCGAUGGUGAGUGUUAUUGAGAUUCGGUUGGGGAUGUUGUCUUGUGGGAGUAAAUCUGCUGCUCAUGCCGUUGCGGUUAUGGUUGUUUUGGUUUCGUCGGCUCUUGUGAUGUAUAUUUCUACUGCUAUCUAUGCUUUUACUCACUGAAUUUGAAAUUGAAUAGUUGUUUGUGUAAUGUUUUUAUUGUUUUAAGAUGAAAUGCUUUUAUGAUUUUGUAGCUAGUAGGGAUGUGUAGCCAGUUUCUUUUUGUAAGUGGCUGAAAAUUAGUUGUGUUCUUCAUGUUUUAGUUGUGUAGCUAAUUCAACUCAAUGUGGGUAGAUUGGGUUGAGUUAUAGUCAUUUGUGUAGGUCAUAUGCAUUUUGGUUUAGUUGAAUUUAACUGAGAA